AUGGCUCCUGAGAGAACGCCCUCCAUGUUCCAGUCACUGCUGCAGCUGCUAACUCUGGUGGCUAUACUGAAGGCAGGAACAGCAAUGCCACGAAAUCCAGGAUGCCCAAAUACUGAGGACAAGGGCUUCCCUCAGAGUGUGAGGGUCAACCUAAACAUCCUUAACAAAAAAACGAACUCCACAAGGCCCUCAGAUUACUACAACCGAUCCACCUCACCUUGGAAUCUCCACCGCAAUGAGGACCGUGAGAGAUACCCCUCUGUGAUCUGGGAGGCAAAGUGCCGCAGCUUGUUCUGUGUCAGCCCUGAAGGGAAGAUCAACCACCACCUGAACUCCGUCCCCAUCCAGCAAGAGAUCCUGGUCUUGCGCAGGGAUCCUCAGCACUGCCCCCACUCCUUCAGGCUGGAGAAGAUGUUGGUGAAUGUGGGCUGCACCUGCGUAACCCCCGUCGUCCGCCACCUGGCUUAA